UGUCCGUCCAGUUCUGCCAAGCGAAAGUGGAUGCAUAGGGCUAUUUGUCGGUGUUCUUUAAUGCCAAUUGAAUGUUUAUUUUGAAUCAUACUAUGCCUUCGAGGAUAUGUGCUUAACAAGAAUUUGCUUUAUAUUAACGCAAUCAUCGCAUUAUCACUGUAUCUGGAUCGCUACAAACUGACACAGUUGACUGCUCAGGGAAGAAAGCGAAGAAAGCGGUGCUCGACAACGCUAUGCCUGUGUGAACAAGAGAACGGGAUUCUCGGAUGUUUUAACAGAGCAAGAAUAAUAAACGCCAUAACUCGAGUUCUCCCAGGCAAGCUUAAAUGAGCAGAGUUGACCACCAAAUGGACUUUUUCAAAAGCCAAAUCCUGUGUUUUAUUAAGGACCAAAUCAUUGGGCAGGGUAGAAGAGUUAUUUAGAGUAUAGGAAAGGCGCAUUCAAAUUCUGAGUAUUGCCAAUAAACUUUUAGGGAAGGAAGUGUAUCUGUAGGAUCUAACACAGAAAGCUGGGGUAAGUCUCUUUUCCGAUAAGACAAGAUGUCUGAAGAUCCUAUAGAAUGUUCUUUAGACACAGUGAGAGCAGAUCAGAUUAAAACCGAAAGAGAAGAUGAAGACUACUUCCUGGUGGAGCAACUCUCCAGCCAAAGUUGGGACUCGGCAGACGACGAACCUGACGAAUGUUUUGACACGGACGAGGAAGACUCUUACUCAAAGCUUUGUUCUGGCCAAAUAAAAAUUGAGACCGAUGAACCAGAACAUGCGGGAUCCGAGCAACAUUUUAUUGAAGAACCCGACGAAUGUACUGAUUCACCCAAGAGCACAACGGAGGGAAAAUCCCAGAGAAGAGAUCUCAGAGAGUUGGAGACUGAGCAGUCCAACGAACCUCAAAGUCAGGCUGGAAUCAAAUGGUCAUGCCUGCGAUGCAAUAUGACUUUCACUGAUGGAAACUACCUGAAGAUACAUGAGGAAGCUCACAAAUCUGGGAAACCGUACUCCUGUCCGGACUGUGGGAAGGGUUUCAAUCACAUAAGCAACAUGAGAAGACAUCAGCUCAUCCACAAAGAUGAAAAACCGCACUAUUGCGCAGACUGCGGAAAGGGUUUCAAUAGAUUAAGCAGCUUAAAAGUGCACAAGCUUAAUCACACCGGAGAGAAAUUAUUUACAUGCUCAGAGUGUGGAAAGAGUUACAGCAUACUGAAAUAUUUAAAACUACAUCAGCGGACGCAUUCUGGUGAGAGACCCUUCCCUUGCACGGAGUGUGGAAAGAGUUUUGGCCGCUUUAAUAACUUGAAAAGACAUCAGCUGAUUCACACUGGAGAGAAGCCCUUCUCUUGCCCGGACUGCGAGAAGAGUUUCAAUCAGUUAAGUAGCUUGAAAACCCACCGACUCAUUCACACAGGGGAGAGAAUGUUUCCCUGCACAGAGUGUGGCAAGCGCUUUACUCACUUAAGGAACUUGAAAGACCACCUUCAAAUCCACAAAGGAGAGAAGCCAUACUCAUGCACAGAGUGUGGGAAGUGCUUCAAUCGAUUGGAUAACUUCAAGUCGCACAAGCUAAUUCACACGGGCGAGAGACCGUUCUCUUGCACGGAAUGCGAAAAGAGUUUCAACAAGUUAAGUAGCUUGAAAAGGCAUCGCGUCACUCACACGGGGGAGAAAAUGUAUUCUUGUCCAGACUGCGAGAAGAGGUUCAGUCAGUUGAGUAGCCUAAAAAGACACUGCCUUAUUCAUAGGAGAGAAAUUGCAUUCUUGCACCGUGUGUGGGAAGAGCUACAAUCAGUUAAGUAAUGUGAAAGAAAUUCAACAAACACCUGGACAUCUACCCAAGUCUGCCUCUCCCUUAAGUUUGUAAUUCAGCAUUUCUAUAAUGCUAUUCAUAUGCCUUUGGUAGCAGUACAAAUAAGGUGUCCCCAAUUUCUAUGAACCCUUUGUGAUGUUUGGUGUUGUAAAUGGGGAGAGGCAGCAUGAAAGGACUCGAUAUGAUAACUGGAUUUAAUAGUGUUAAAGGUACAAUAGGUAAGAUUUUUGUGUUAAAGCAUUGUUACAAGACCAUUGUAGAUCCCUCCUGAUCAUUGAAACAAGCUCACUGACUUGUUGACUCACCCUCUGCCAGUGUUUAUCGUCCUGAAAUUCGUGUUUCAAAAUAUACAGUUGACAGACCGACACUCUGUACCAAAGCAUUGUAUAGCUGUACAAUAAUUUAAGCUCAUUGGUUGAGAAUUGGUUCUAAUUGCCACAGCCAAUGGCGUGGGAGUUUCAACGUCAGCGUUUUCACAGAGAAGGGGGAGGGAUAAACAGUGUUGUGGUUUGAGGGUGUUUGUGGCUGCAAUUCUUCUCUUGACCGUUAAAAGUCCAAAAUUCCCUAUUGUACCUUUAACAUAUUUGUAUGACAUUUACACUCAGUGACACCUUUUUUUAUUUUAUUGGACUUUCUUUUGUCUUAUUGGCCUUCUGCUGCUGCAGCCACUUUAAUGUUCGGCUUGUUGUUCAGAGAUGCUCCUCUGCAUACCACUGUUGUAACUCAUGGUUAUGUGAGUCAGUUUGAGCCAGUCUGGCCCUUCUCCUCUCUCAUUAAUGAGGCAUUAUUGUCCACAGAACUGCCGCAAAGCAAUCCCAGGAGAUCAGCAGUUUCUGAGAUACCCAGACCACCCCGUCUGGCACCAGUAAUCAUUCCACGGUCAAAGUCACUUGGAUCACAUUUCUUCCCAUUCUGAUGUUUGUUCUGAGCAACAACUAGACCUCAUGACCAUGUUUGCAUUACUUUUAUGCAUUGCGUUGCUGCCAGAUUAUUAGCAGAUUAGAUGUGUGCAUUAACUAGCUGGUGUACAGGUCUACCUAAUAAAGUGGUCACUGAUUGUACUUGA